GCGUCACGCACAUACACAGAGGUGGAAGAAAGCGGGGAGAGCUUUCCGGGUGCCGUACAUACUUUUAGUGACCUCGACAAGCAUUAUUGUGAUUACUUGGCAAAAGAGAAGUGGUAGUAGGUGCGAGACAUGAGCAGUGGGGAUGGAGGGACCAACCCUCUGGGGGUCAUAGAGGGCUACCAGGUGUUCUGUAACCCCGAGGAUCAGGCUGGCAACACAACAGCUGAGAACAGCAAACAGUCUGAAGCCCAGAGUGACAGCUCCCCAGCCCCGCGGCGACGCAGUGACUCUUCCGACAGUGAGCCGCCAGUCCACUUCCAGGUGAAAGCUGAACCUGUUGAUGCUGGGUAUGAACAGGCAGCUAACUCCCCUGCCUCUUCAGACAACAACAGGAAUGACACUCCACCACCAUCGUCUGCCCAGUCAGGGGACAAGCCUUCUGUCCAGAUAUCAUCCAGUCUCUGGUCAGGGAGUAAGAAAACUAAGGAGACAAAGAAACCAGAUGCCUCUGUGUCUAAUGUUAUAGAACAGCUACUACGUAAGAAUGAGUAUCUGCUGGCUCAGAAUGAUGCUGGUGGCUUCAAGCCCAACCCUAGGAAAUCUCGGAAUCCUAAUGAAAUGAUGAAGAAACCGGACAAUGCUUUAGAUAGUAAUGGAACAACUUUCUUGGUUUCCCAGACAUCUCAAGCCCGAAUAUCAAAGGCUGAGAAUCCUCCCUCAAAAAACCUUGGCCCAGGACGGAUUUUGAGACCAAGAAGUCCUACCCGCAAAUGUAGCAUUCCGGAGAAGGACAAAUCCCAUUUUAAUCAUGCGGUGAUGGAGUCUAAAGUGAAUGAUAAAUCCAGUGAGAAGAUAUUCCGAGUGAACACUCAUGAAAUGGUUUGUGCUGUGUCCUGUAGGGCCAUGUUUAUGACGCAAGGAGGAUCACUUGUUGCCAAUUUUGACCUUCACUUUUACUGGUGCAACUUCUGCCCCUACCACACAACCACCAAAGCUCAGUUGCUGCAGCAUGUGAUGGAGCACAGAUUCCACUGCAAGUUCUGCAGGUAUCAGUCAUUUUCCCGAGCAGACGUCAUCCAUCACACAGCAGAAACUCAUUCGGAUUUCUCUGAGGCAGCUGCCUCUCUCAAGUAUUGUACAUUAUUGUCAGAUUAUCUUCAGAUAUAUUCUCAGGAUACGGAAGAGGACAAGAAGAAACGGGCAGGAGGUGGGUCGGAUGAUGAACCUCCAUCCAAGAUAUCAAAAGUUGAUGCUAAGAAUCUGUCUGGUCUCUAUGCAAACAUUGACCCAUCUGACCCCAAGAAGAUGGAUGUGUACAAUGCUCUUCAGAAAGACUAUGAGUACUUUGACAUGGAAGUUGAGACUGUUGAUGGAAACAUUGCAAGUGAAGAAGUCCCUUCAGACAAGCAGGUCAUGGGAGGCCAGUCUACAUAUGAUGUUUCAAAAAAUGAUCACAAAUGUCCAAAGCAGUGGCAAUGCCAUCCAGGUUCUACUGGACAAGUCCCAAAUCCAAGGGCAACCAUCACAAGUUCAGCCAGUUUCAUUGGUUGCUUCACAAAAUGUUCAGAGCGGGUCAAACAGCCGGUUUCAGACCCAAAACGCAGUGUACUCUCCCAUGGGUCCAAGAAGAAUUAUGGGGAUUCGGAAUGUAACUCCUCCCCUCAGAGCCCCUGCACCUGCAAACCAUUUGAGAAUCGCCCACCUCCUCCACCACCACCACCAAAUAAGAUGCGAUCUGGAUCCUCAGUGUCAUCCAAUCUGUACUGGAGUUGUGGCUACUGCAACUUCACCAGUCAUAGUCAAGGGGAAAUCAAAGAGCAUUCUCAGAAAACCCACCGAGGCCGACCACAUCGCUAUGUUGCUUUAAUUCGACCUCCAGAAAAAAAGCCUGACGAAGCAGAUGGCAACAAGAACAAUUCAUCCUCAUCCACUGUGACCAGUAAGGAUAUAGAGAUCGACCAUGCUGAUGAUAGUGUCUCAGCAGACACAUCAGUAGAGAAUUCCAAGAAGUUGGGGGAACCGCCAACCUACAAAUGCUUCCAUUGCUUCUAUGAGGUGAAGAAACCAGGACUGCUGAAAGGACACAUGUCCUACAAGCAUAGAGGACUUAGUCUGGUUGGCUUUGAUGUUCACUGUGAGAGCCCAGACAAAUACAUGUAUUUCUGUCCUCGAGACGAUUGCCCAUUCCGAGCAAAGAACCCCACGGCAUACCUGAAUCAUGUAGAGAGGUGCACACCGUGGCACAACAAGGAUCUGAAUGUGACUGUGGAGCCGUACCUACUGAAGUGUCUGGACAACACAGUGCAGCUGGCAGAGAAGAUGAAGGAACAGGUAAGGACAACAGAAGAGUACUCAUGUAUCUAUUGCACUUUUACAGGUUGUUUCCUCGAGAAUGUCGCCUAUCACAUUACCAUGCUGCAUGCCAACAGGAGUGUCAUUGUGAAAGAUUUGGUGUUGCGUAGGUUGAAGAGGAAGUGUUUCAUCUACCGCUGUAGGGUUUGUGAUUGGGAGAACAGGGACAGGGAGGAGUGGAUUGAGCAUGGAGUGAAGGAGCACCAGCUCCCCGAGACUGACUUCUGGAGAGAUGUCAAGGCCUGCUACGCUUACCAAAGUGGAAAGAAGUCUGCUUCUUGCAAGUCCAAACUCAAGUCAAGGAAGACUUUGAAAUCAAAACGUUUGACAGAGGAUGAAACAGAUUUAAAUGGUCCACCAAUUUUGUCACCCGAAAUUUCAGUGGAAACAGAUUGUGUUGAAACUUUUAGUCCUUUACAGUCAGUAUCUGGCCAUGACUCUAGCCCUCCCAGUCUCAUGGAGGCUCAGCCUGAGUUGUUGACAAACAUCAAACAUGAACAGGGUAUGCCAAAGAUGGUGUCAAUACUUCCUCCAGUACUUCAAUGUAGUUAUUGUGACUUUAGUUGUAUAGGCAUUGUCAACGUCAAGGAACAUUUGCAGUCUACACAUGCAGGACAAGUGUUAGCUUUCUAUGACAUGCAGAAGAAGGCACAGAAAAUCCCAAGCUACUUCUAUCUGUGUCCUUUCGAAAAAUGUAUUUACUCGGGGGUCAAUACUGAAAAAGUUUGUAAGCAUAAUGAGAAAGUUCAUGCUUCUACCUCAGUGAACAAUGGUUGUGCCGAGGACGAAUACAGUCCACCUGUCAAGCUGCAAGUGCCGUCUGCUCCCAGAAUCAGACGGCCAGGAUUCAUGUCAAAAUCCAGGAAAGGUCGAGGGACUUCGUUUGGCCCCAGGUCGGUUAGCUUCAUACCGGCUAUGCUCAAAUGUCAGUACUGUGGUUUUUCAUGUAUUGGAGUUCUCACAAUGAAGGAACACUUGAUGAAAGUUCACGAAGGGGAGCCCAUGAAGUUUGUCAAUUUGAGAAAGAGGAAACAGAAGAGUAGAAGUAUCUUCCAUAUUUGUUCACAUGGGAUGUGUCCCUACACCCACACAGAUGUUUGGACUGUGGACCUUCAUUACAGCAAAGAGCAUUCAGGUUUGGAUGAUUAUCCCAUGUCGGACAUGGAUCCUUCGAGUGAACAUCAUCUUCAUGAUCCCGAUCUCGCCAACAGUGCCUUAUUUUUCAGUGACAAAAGUGACACUGUGUUAGAAACCAAUGAACACCGUGAAAGGAACCUUUUCACCGACUGUGAUAUUAAUGCUAUUUUCCCAUCUACCUCAGCGACUGGGUCUCCUUCCAAAUAUUGUUGCUUACUGUGCGAGUCAAACUUUUUCACGGAAACAAAACAGGACAUGAAGGACCACUACAAAGACAGUCACCCGGAUGAGGACAUCGUCAUGCGGGACCUGAAUGCACGGAAAAACAAACUGCCUUCCCGUUGGUACGUUUGUCGGGAAGCGUCGUGUCUCCACCACUUCCUGGAUGCCCAAGCUCUCCUCCUCCACCAACUGGCCCACUCCCACAGCCCUGUAUUUGAAUGUUCUGAAUGUCAUUGGUGUCACCCGAAGCUGAUGAAGGUCAUGGACCACCUCAACGACUUCCACGAUAACGAUGAUGCUGAUAUCUUGUACAUAAACCUUGAGUUAGAGGAAGAUGGCAGAAGUGUUAGGAAAGUUUCUGAUGGGCAGGCAAAGACAGCCAAAAUGUAAAUUCAGGGUAGAAUGUAUUGGGACAGUCUAUGAGCAGGAGAUCCUGCAGAUUAGCCUGUUAUGAAUGAAUCUAUGUUGUUUUUAUCUCAAUCAAAAUACUUAUCUCUAAUUUGUGAAAAUUGAAUGGAUAAUUCAAGGAUAAUUGGUUAACAACAGGUAUCCAGAAUAUUUGGGACAUUUGACCGUUUCGAUAUAUUUGAGUAUAGUAAUUUUAUUUGAUCAAUUUAAGCUUUUUUCAUAUACUUCUAUAAGCAUGUAUAUUGCAGACUGAUCAUGCACAGUUUUCCUCGGUUAGGUAUAAAUCUUCUUCACUUGACUCAAAAGUUGAUUUAUGUUGUUUGCUUUAUGAAACACAAAUUGCUCAAAAUUUGAUGUGAUAAAUUUGUAUGUUAUAUAUCAUGAUUUAUGAUCAAUGAUAGAGUCAAUAAUUCGUCCUGAUCAAGCAGUCUUCAUGCAGCCUAGGUCAGAGAGCCACUUAUGCUUAUAGUAAAUGAACUCCAAGUACUUUGAUUGGAUUAUGAAGUAUGUUAGCUCUUUGACCCAAUGUUAGAAUUGUUUCAGUUACCAUUUGUGUGAUUGCUGCCCUUGAGAUAUUUUCGAUGCCAAGCUGUACUUAAUCGGGGCAGUAAAACCCGUAAAAAUAUAGUCAAUUUGUGUACAUAAUGCUGACUAGUUCUGUGAUAGAUAUGUAAGAACUCUGUAUGUAUACAUGGUAUUGAGUGAGAACUGUUGUAUAUCCUUGUUGGACUGUUAUUUCAUUACCUUUUAUGAACUGUUAUUGAUGUGAAAUGCGUGCAUAAUUUUUGUGAGCUGACCAUAGAGUUGUGAUGAUACAGUGAUUCAGCGAUACGAUUUUUAUCAAGACAGUACUUCUACUUUGGUACAUAUUCUGUCACCUUUUGCUGCUGAAUCAUUUGUUCUCAAAUUUCAGAUAGUAAACAUGGGAUAGAGUAUUGGUGAAACAUUUUGAACUUGGGCACUGUACAGAUUCUGCUAUUUAUAGUCAAACGGGAAAUUCUAGACAAUCUGCAGAAAAUGGUUGUUGAAUAGUGUGUUAUUCACAUGUUUUUACAUCAGUAUUACUCAUAAUUAGGGGUGAAACGGUAUACCGCAGUAUUUUGCCUUCGGUUCGGCAAAGACCCAAG